GUUGAGUCGGUAGCCGUCCUAGACUCUCGGACGGCUUCGUUUGUCUGAGGGAAUACUGGGGCCGUCGAUUUGGCUUUUGGUGUUCCAUGGUCCCCGCGCGACCGCGAGCAAUCCACUAAACACGGACAUUAAGGGCAGAAGAGUUUCUAUGUACGAUAGGUAUUCUCGCCACGGAGCCUCGGCCUGGGCAGCGUUCGACUUCGUCGCACCAGUUCGGCGUGUGAACAGAAGCGUGCCGUCGUUCCGCGGCCCCAUCACUACUAACCUGCGGUUGCAGCGACCAAUGGCAAAUCACCCGGAGCAAAAGCCAUGUAGCCAUGUCAACAGCUGGCAGCCAGCCGUUCUGGCACCGCCACGACCUGGACGGGGCCAUCAUCCAGAGCGGCCUGGGCCAGUGGCGCAGCGUGUUCGACAAGCUAGAUCGCGGCGGCCGCCUCAAAGUGGCGGCGCUGGGCUCGUCCGUCACCAAGGAUUUUGGCGGCUACUUUGGCGGCACGGCGGACCUGAGGGCGGCUGGCUUCAUGCAGGGCGGCGAAUUCGACCCCGGGGAGUUCAUGGGCGAUGACGCGCUCAAGGCCAACGCGGUGCGCGCGCGGCAGGCGGGCUGGUACCUGGGCUGGGCCAACUACGUGAUGCAGACCAUCAACGCCACGUGGCCUCGGCCGCCGGGGGCUCAGGGCCACCUGCUGAUGAACAUGGGCCUCAGCGGCAUGGGCGUGGACUUUUACACGCGUCAAGACAUCCAGAAGUACCUCCCACACGACCUCGACAUAAUCCUGCUGGAGAACAUAGACGCGCGCGCCGCGGGCCCUGGAUUGGAGCGGCUGCUGGUGGAGUUUGAGGAGCACGGCAAUGGCACGUUGCCGGCGGUGCUGAUCUGGAACUCGGGCAUCAUGCUCUGGGACGGGUUCGGCUGCUGGGACGGCGAGCCGCAGUGCCGGAGCGGCGACAUCUGUCGCGAGCCUAAGUUCAUCAACACAGACGGCGAGGUGGUGCGGGCGCGGAAUGAGGACGUCACCUACCGCCUGGGCGCUUGGUACGGUCUGUCUGUGCUGUCGUGGCGCGGCCUGCUGUGGGCCAUGGAGCGCGACAGCCGCAUGUACGGCUUCAGUCAGUGCCAGUUCCUGGCCAGUCUGCAUUUGGACGCCUCGCACCCCGCACACCUGGGGCAGGUAUUGAUCGCCGACACCAUCAUGAACCUGUUGGUGCACGCCCAGAACCACCUCGCGAACCACCCCGCACACGGCCCGCCUGGCCGCCCGCCCACACGCCUGUUCCUGGAGCCCGCCAGCCGCGCCGCCGUGUCCGCCAACCUGACCGUCACGCGCGGCAGCGCCCAGUUCUUCUCCGCCACCGACGGCGACGCCGCCACGCAGCUGCAGGUGCUGCCGGCCACCAGCGGCUGGAACUUCAGCCAGUACCAGCUGCACGGCAACACAAGCAAGGUCAAGCCGGGCUGGGCGGCGCUGAGGAGCGGCGCCAGGCUGGCGGUGCGGCUGCCGGGGCUGCAGCUGUGGCGCUACCGGCGUCACAUGGCCUCCCUGCGUGUGUCCUACCUCACCUCCUACCUACACAUGGGCUCCGCGCUGCUGCGCUGCCUGCCGCCGUCCGUGGCAUCUGGGUCGGCAUCACCCGGCGGUGGCGCAGCCCCCGGGGCGAAGCAGGAGCAACAGCCGCAGCAGCCGCUGCGCGGCGGCUGCCUGUGUGACAUGACGCUGCUGCAGGGCGCCAUAGACGGCGGCGGCGAGUGGCGGGACCGGCACCGCGUGUCCGUGGUGGCAGAGGCGGUCGUGCGUCUCUACGACCCGGCACAUUGGGGCUGGGAUGGGCCCGCAAACAAUAAGAGCAUUCCCCUGACGGCGGCUCCGCCGCCGCCGCCGCCUGCGCCGCCGGCGGCGCUGGGGAUGCAGUCGCCGCCGGCUGCGCCGGCCCCGCCUGCGCCGCCGCCGGAGCCGACGGCUGAGUGUGAGAUUGAGCUGGAGGUGGUUCCGUCGCGGCUUCAGGGCUCGGGCACCGAUACACACAAGUUCAAGCUGCUGCGGCUGCUUGCGGAGUGGGAGCAGCUGGAGCAGCAGCCGCAGCCGCAGAGGCGGCGGCGACAGUAGCAGCGGCAGGUAUGCACCGCCAUUGUUGUAGUUAGAGAAAGCGUUUUGCAAUUGUGUCGGACGAAGUGAUACGUCGAUGCCUGUGCGAGACUAAUGACACUGCUUUCAGCAACAUGUGAAUGUACUACUUCCGUGAGAUGGGAACCACGAGGGGACGGGCAGCAACACUUUGAUUGAAACGCAGUGGGAGUUAACACCAAGCAUAUGAGGGUGAAAGGCCCAAAGGGCCGCUGAAGCACUGAAUGGAGGUUACACGUGAUGAAGCCGCAGUGGGCGCAACAAGCACACAGCUGGGGCGGGAUACACGGGCAAACGAAGACAAUCCAUGUACUCACUUUCGUAAUGAUUCAAAUGUUUAAAGCACUGAGCGGUGGAGUGAGGAGGUAGGAGUACCGCGAAGGAAAGGUCAUGUGGGUUGCUAGAAUCUACUGGUGGACACGUGUUCAGCAUAUUGCGCGUGUACUUUUUUGCAUGAGAGCGCUUCGCAUAUGACGAGGCUGGUGAAGACGCGGCGCAUGCACCAUGGUCAACUAGGUGUGUAAUGCGGACUGUCGGUUGGCCUUGCAGCCUUGCAGGUUGUGUAGAUAGAAUGUGCGGCCAUGCGAGGGCGGUAUGUCAGGUGGGAUUCUGGGCGUGGGUUGCGGUAGCUGUGUUUGGUGCAUCUAUCUUCGGAUCGUCCGCCUGUGCGCCCGGCAGCAGGUGUGCGGCGGGCGUGUGUUAGAGAGCACAAGGGAAGGACACACGCAGGACAGAGACACAGAGUGUGUGUGGGAGCGACACGGUAUCAGCCGUCAUGCGCACUAGCAUGCGCUUGUGUUUCUGCACUAGCCAUGCACUACAUGCUCGGGCGCGGGCGCGAGGCGUGAGCCACGCCAGAACCCAUGUUCAACGGUCAGCCUCUGCGCCCUCAAGAUGCCCCCUGGGCCCAGGGCCUGGGUGGAUGUGUGUUAUCCACUAAGUGGCCUAGCUGGCCAGCUGAGAGCAUAGGCCGGGCCACGUAAUGACGGAACGCAGUGCAACACGCCACCAUGUGGGUGCCUGGGCGGCCGCUCCUCAGUUUCAUGGAUUCAUGGCGGUCUAGGCGGUCAGGGGUGAUGGCGGCUGUCGGUUGGGCGCCGCACUCGCGGCAGUGGUGCGGAGCAAUAUGGCCGCCUUUCUUGCCAUGGGGCCAUCCUGAAUGCCCCCGCCACGAGGCUGGUGAUGGUGAAGAUGAUUCUGGACGUGCGGCCGUUUGCGCCGGCGGGGCCGGAGGCAGCAUGGGGUCGGACGCUGCGUUAGGGGGUGACCCUCAAGGUGCAGUUGGUGCGGAAGGAUAGCUCACCGAUGUUAGUUGCUUACUGUAAUGUCAACGCACAUAAUACUGGGGUCCUUGCUUCUUGCAUUAUAGCUCAAGAGAGUCAAGCUGCCACAUGCUGGCCUUUUGAAAUUGACGUAUUAUUCCUUCUUUAUCGAUGACAUCUUUGGCUUGUAUUUGACUGAAAACUAUUAGAACGCGCGAUGCCAAUGCCCACUGUGGUGCUGUGUGGUGGGGGUUCGCGCUGCUCGCCUGGUUGCUGCUAUUCUACAGCAAGUCAGAUUGACGCCGGCGGAAGGGGCGGAGUACCCCAAGCAUCAUGGUAGGAUGGCAUGGAUGCUUAUGCUCCUUUGGAGUUUGGGGGAUGCUCAGAAUGUUGAACGAGCGACAUGCACGGCGCCCCGCCGCCGAGCACUCAUCGCACAGACGCUAGCCGCUUGUACGCGCGGUGAUUUUGUCAACAACGUUACACGGUGGAGAUACCCAAACACUGGGAUUUGGCCCGCCUGGCCUGGGCCCUGCAUAAUUUUUGUGCGGGGGCUGGAGAAAUUAUUUAUCACGGACCUGGCCGGUCUUACAUGAUGGGCGCUCGCAAAGUUUGGAGGGGCAAAGCAGUCAGGGAAAGACGAGACGCCGGGAGUAAGCGCGGCAGGCGCGGCGCGGCCGUGUUUGUGCAGUACAAGGGCAUUUUCCAGUGGAUGCUGUCUCACGCUUUACAGAUCAUGCUUCGACCUAGGCGUGUUUUGGUCGAGUUGCAAGCGCAUGCUGCAAAGGAGUCAAGCGCAGAACGCGCACUUCGACAUAACCAUGAUGUGCUUGCCAGCCAUGACAGGGAGCGCUGGUAGGCUCCGAGCCGCUGUGCGCUGCGAUUUAUGAUGUCUGAUCCUCUGCUGCUCAUUAUACUGCAGGCCAGGCGGGCCGGUUGCAAGUAAUCAA